CUCCGCCGUCUCUGUCUCCGUCGCCUCGUCCGGCACCGAAGCAACCCCUCAAUCGCCACAAUCAAUCCCUAACCGACACAACCUUCCCUCUUUAGCUCCUCUUUUCACCUCUGCCGGAAUCCGUCAGUUAGGUUCUGCUCAACCUCUCACAGAUUCAUUAAGCACAAUGAAUGGACCACUAAGGUCUGAGAGAAACAGGGUUGAAAAAGGCCAGCUUAGUUGGAUUUUUUCCAUUUACUGUUAAGGGUUCAAUUGGGUAUUAUGCGAGAUUUAUUUGACACAAGCCCUGUAGUAUGGUGCAUUGUUCAAGCUCUUUUGCUUAUGGUUUCACGCACAGAUUAUUUGGCAAACCGUGUUCUAAACCUGCUAGCAUCUGUGGAGCAAUAGAGUCAUUAAGCACAGUGAAUGGACCAACGAGGAAGCCAGUAAAAUAUGCUCUUUGUAAUGCACUUAGUUCUUAUGCAAAAACCCGGAAUUGGCGUUUGGGUAUACAAAUCCAUGCUUUCAUGAUUCGAUCUGGAUAUGAAGAUAAUUUGUUCCUCUGCAGUGCGCUGAUUGAUUUCUAUGCCAAAUGUUUUGCUGUUCUGGAUGCAAAGAAGGUAUUUAGUGGCAUCAGAACACAUGAUCAAGUUUCAUGGACUUCACUUAUAACGGGAUUAUCGAUCAACGGACAAGGAAUAAAUGCCUUCUUGUUGUUCAAAGAGAUGCUAUGCACCCAAAUUAAGCCCAAUUGUCUUACCUUUGUUAGUGUGAUUAGUGCCUGUGUUGGGCAAAAUGGUGGCCUUCAACAUUGCUCUGCUCUUCAUACUCAUAUCAUCAAGCAGGGAUGUGAUACUAACAAUUUUGUGGUCAGCUCAUUGAUUGAUUGUUAUGCAAAUCAGGGACAAAUUGAUGAUGUUGUACUCUUAUUUGUUGAAACUAGUGAGAAGGAUAUUGUUGUGUACAAUUCUAUGAUCUCUGGAUAUUCUAAAAACCUGUGCAGCGACGAUGCAUUGAAGCUGUUUGUAGAAAUGAGGGGGCGAAAUUUGGGUAUUACUGAUCAUACUUUAUGUACGAUUCUAAAUGCUUGUAGCAGCCUUGCAUUGCUCCUUCAGGGAAGGCAAGUGCACUCUCUUGUUAUUAAAAUGGGUUCGGAAAGGAAUGUGUUUGUGGCCAGUGCUUUGAUUGAUAUGUAUUCAAAAGGUGGCGAUAUUGACGAGGCUCAACGCGUGUUGGAUCAGACUUCUGAGAAGAAUAAUGUGUUGUGGACAUCCAUGAUCAUGGGUUAUGCUCAAUGUGGGAGAAGUUCAGAGGCUUUGGAACUUUUUGAUUGUCUACCGACCAAGCAAGAGUUAGUUCCUGAUCAUAUCUGCUUCACUGCUGUCUUAACAGCUUGUAAUCAUGCAGGAUUGCUUGACAAAGGGGUGGAAUACUUCAACAAAAUGACAACAAAUUAUGGCUUGUCUCCAGAUAUUGAUCAAUAUGCUUGCUUGAUUGAUCUGUAUGCUAGAAAAGGGAGUUUGAGUAAGGCAAGGGAUUUAAUGCAAGAAAUGCCCUAUGAUCCUAAUUAUGUAAUUUGGAGCUCUUUCUUGAGUUCGUGUAAUAUAUAUGGCAAUGUAGAACUUGGGAAGGAGGCUGCUGAUCAACUUAUUAAGAUGGAACCAUGUAAUGCAGCACCAUAUUUAACAUUAGCACAUGUCUAUGCAAGAAAAGGUUUAUGGAAUGAAGUAGCUGAAGUUAGAAGGGUUAUGCAACAGAAGAGAAUGAGAAAACGUGCAGGGUGGAGUUGGGUGGAGGUAGAUAAGUUGUAGAUGAGGUUACUUCUCAACAAUCAUAUGAGAAUUAAAUUACAUAGAUAGCAAAAACACUACACAGAAACCAUGAAAACUUCAUAGCGUAUUAUGAUAGCAUAGGACUUGAUGGAAAUUCAGCUCUAAACCAUCGUAUGAUAACACAGUAAAUAUGAAGUGUAAGUCUAAUUAUUCAUUGGUUUUAACGAUCAGUUCCUUUUUAGUU